CUACUCGCGCGACCUUCGAAUCUUUAGCAGUUCAGCAUCCCAGGAAACUGCAGGUAUGCACGCCACUGCACCACGACCAGCCGUCCAGCCAACGAGAAGACGCCGUCUCUGACAGCCUACGGCCGACCAGAUACCGUGCUGCACCGCCGCACCUUCACGUCGUAUAAAUCUCCCAAUUUUCGUCACUAUUCAUCAAGGUGAUUCCUCAGGGCUGCUUGGCUGUGUGCAUCAUGAGCGAAUCAUUUACCAUUCAGAUCAGUAAUGAUUUAGUUAAAAAACUUUCUGAUGAUGGUGAGAACCUCAAGAAAAGAUCAAAGCGGCCAAAACCAAAGAUAUCAAACGAUUCACAGACUUCCUGGUCAAAGGCACAUCAAAAGCCUGUAUCUGAAGAGUCAAAUAAAUGGCCACUUGCACUGCCACCAUUGUACUUACCACUUCCUCCACUUGACCAGCCGUUGAUUGCAGAGUUAGAUGCUAUCAGGUGUGCAGUCCAAGAGAGUGAAAAGCUGGUGGAGAGGUUGCAGAAGAAGGAGGAGAACAUGUUAGAGGAAGUAACACAAAGGGCGAAGGAUCUCCAUGAGAAGGAAUUUAAACUUCCCGACAACAAGCCAAUCCCGUGCUUGGAGGAAAGAGAUGCUUGCACAAAAUGCUACAGGGAAAAUCAGGAGAACCCUCUCAAAUGUGCCAUUGCUGUUCAGAAAUUUGCAGAGUGUGCCCGAAGAGCUAGGUAACUGAUGAUGAUGAGUUCAGCAGAUUAUAAGGGGUCAUCAAAGUUGGGAUUUUCUAUGACCGGAAAUAAAUUGAAUCCUCAUACCUGUGAAACUUGAUUGAUCUUGUCACUUUGCUUGGUCUUUAUGUGAAACAGUAUCCUAGUUAUGAACUCUGUUUUUCUAUGGAAAAGUUUAUAUUGUGACAUACGGAGUACAUAUUACCAGUUACUAGAUAUGUUUGCAUUUAA